AUUACAUCACCAUGUCAUGGCAGACAUUUGACGGCGUUUGCUAAAAUUUUCGACUUUUCGUGACAUGUACGUCAUUACGACAUUUGAUUGAUAAAUUUCCAAAGGACCCAUCAAAAAUAGUUUGUUUGAAAGUUAGUUUACGCGCUAAAUGUAUUUGUUUUAAUAAAUUCUAUAUCGUAUUACAAUGUGAUAGUAUUCUAGCCAUAUUUGGUGACGCCGUUGCGAUUAACCAAAAUGAGCGAUCAAAAGUGCGUGGUUGAAGGCUGCAAUUUGGAAUAUGAUGUGGUCUGCAGCUUUUCGUUCUAUAACGCCAACAUAUCCUCUGAUAAUGAAGGUAAAAGACAGGAGUGGAUCGACGGGGCCAUGCAUGAGCAGAGCGAGUGCCUGUGGCGGCACGUCAGCUUGCAGCUAUGCGGCUACCACUUCGAGCUGGACAACCAGGGCCUCUGGAUCGACUCUCCAAUGCUCCCUGAACUGCUCACAGUCCAGGAGAAGGCGCCUGUGGUGGUGCAAACACCGGCAGAUAAGAAAAGGCGCGGCGCGGGCACAACAUAUCAGAGUCUUUACGAAAAGUUCAUUGAUGGAGGCCCAAAAGUGGCCGAAGUGAUUCGAAUGGACCACAAUUACAGCCAGGAACCUCCUGCCAAAGAGGCCCAGGACAAUGUCUCCAGGCUCAACGUGAGACAGUUGGUGGACACUCUUGGAUACUUAUCGUUGAAGAACCUGCAACGCAAGCAGCUCUGGGUUGUUAAAGUGGAGACGGAUAAAGCAGAGGCUUCUAUCACUCAGUCGGAGCAGGUCAUCACCAAAAUGGCAGAUCCGAAGCAGAUGAUAGAGGUAACCCCCCAAACAUCGACAUCCGAGCAACCGGCCAACGAAGUCUUACAAAUAAUGGAAGACUCGACAAUAUCCGACAACUUCAUCUACGAAAUAGCCGAAGAACAAGAGAUAACAAUGGAAGAAGUAAAGGAGAUCCCCGCAGCCGACAACAAAGAGUGGAUAGUCAACAUCCUGCCAGAGGAAUCUAAGCCCAAAUACGCCUACAUAAAGCACUGCAAUACCGGCAAAAAGAAACGACAUUUCACCUCAGACAUGAACGAGAUCACUCUGCAAGGGGAUUUUGAAAAUUAUUACAUAUUACCCGACGUGGAUCCGUCAGUUGGUGUUGAGAUAACGACGAGCUACGAGCCAGAAAACUAUAUAGUUGAAGAAUACCAACAUUUGGUGUUGGACGAGCGUCCGAAGAAGCGAUCUAAAGAUGAUAAGAAGAAGCGAAAGCGAUUAUCGUCAGGUAGAGAACAGAAAAGCGAUUCGCCUGAUUGGGUGAUCCAGAAUUCGUAUGAUGAUGACGAUUUUGAGGAUAAACGUGCCGCGUCCAGGGUGAGACGGAAAAAUAAGAAAUAUUUAGGUUAUGAUUUUGUCACCUAAUUUUGUGUUUUUUGGACUACCAAGAUCUUUAUGGUUUACUGUAUUUUACAAUGACUUUGUUUAAGGUCAUUUUGAUAUUGAGUUGAUAAAUGGAAUUAUAUACAUGUCUUGAAAACAUUGCAAUAAGUUACUCAAGCCAUAGAUUUGAAAUGUAAAAGUGUAAAAAUAAAAUGGCAAUGAAAAGUAAUUUUAAUUUUACACGCUAAUGCAACUACUCUAAGAGAAUUCGUCGCAGCAACAUCACACUUUCAGUCAGAAAUACACUCAUGCACCAUAUUUGUACUAAACUACAAAAUUAUUGAAAAAUCUGAAAACUAAAACCAGGAUUUUUGGUGAAAAUAUUCGUUAUUAAUGUAUGAUUUUUGGCACAAUGUCAGCAAAGGUGAAGACGAGUAUGUGGUUUCAUUUAGUAACGCAAUGUCAAAAUGACCCUGUAUAUGUCUGUUUAGAGUAUAACUGUUGCGAAAUUCAACCGUAAUAUAAUACUAUUAAAAUUCAAAUUAUUAUUAUAGGGUAUUUGACUAUGUUUUUGUGCGUUUUUUAAUGUGUAACAGCAAUUAGUA